AUGGUGGGGCGGCUCAGCCUGCGGGAGGUGCCCGACCUCCCGGACAUGAGGAAGCGGGGCGACUCCGGGCUCGACAGCCCCGACUCCGGGCUGCCCCCCAGCCCCGGCCCGGCCCCGCCGCCCUGGCUGCUCUCCUCGGGCAGCCCCGACCGCGCCGCCUCCAACGGGCUCCCGGAGCCCGAGCCGCCCGCGUCCUCCGCCGCGAGUUCCGUAUUCUCCCCCAGCCCCGUUCUCUCCAGCUGCCCUCCAAGAUUGUGUCCUUUAUCCUUCGGCGAAGGAGUUGAGUUUGACCCUUUACCGCCCAAGGAAAUAAGGUACACCUCCUCGGUGAGGUACGACUCGGAGAAGCACUUCAUCGCCGACGUCUACCUGCCCGUGGGGCUGAGUGUGGCCUCCUGCAGCCAGACCAUCGUCUGCGUGCCCGACUGCUCCUGGCGCAGCUACAAGGCCGAGGUGCGCCUCGAGCCCCGCCACAGGCCCCGGCGCUUCACCAGCACCACCAUCAUCUACCCCAAGCACGCCAAGACUGUCUACACCACCACGCUGGACUACAACUGCCGCAAAGCCGCCCGCAGGUUCCUCUCCAGCGUGGAGCUGGAGGCCUCCGAGUGCCUGAGCCCGGACGGCUGCUGACCGCCGCCACCCCUCUCGCUCCCGUCCGUCCCUCGCGUCCUGUGCCGACUAAAACUGGGCACAGAGACCCUCUCUCUCAGCUCUUAGCCCCUGCUUUUUUCCCCGAGCGUCGCGGGUUUUUCCCCGCGGGAACGUAACUUUGGCGCGGGGUUUGGCUCCUGGCCUCCGAAAGCCGUGAGUUCCCCUCCCCUUCCCCGCUGGGUGGAAAGAGCGGGCGGUGCUUUCCCCAGGGGAGAAGCUGGCGGGUGAGGAAGAGCGUGGGGCGGUGCCUGGCAGGUGGAGAUCCUUUCUGGUGCUUCGUGGGGUUGUGCAAAGCCUGAGGGCGGUUCGCUCUCUCGCGCGGUUACACACGGAGCUGUCGAGCGUUUCGGUUCAGAUCGUGUUUUCUCCGGAGGAACCACUCCCCCUGGGAAUUGCUGGAAAAGGCUAACAGAGAAAAAAAAAAACAAACCCAGAAUUCUGCAUUUAACACGUACAAAAACGUUAGGGUAUUUGGCAUCCGUGUGUUGUGUGAAGGUGUAGAUUGGGAGGGAGAGCAGAGCAGCUGAACUGCUUCAGCAGCCCCAGGCAGCAGAGAGACAGCAUCGUGUGAUUCCGGUUCUUUGGGUGAUGAGGAAUCCUCUGUACUCACAAAGCCUGUGUCCUGUGUGACACACAAGUGCUCCUGUGCCUGCAGCAGGGCUUUUACCAGAGAAUACCAGGCCAGAAAUUAUCCCUGUGGUGUUGGGUCUUGGUGCUGUGGAGGUGGAGAACCACAAAUGCCUUGUUUUUGCCCACAACUGGCUGUGUGCACUCAAGGAGCUGCAACCAAAGCAAGGUUCGGAUAAAGUGCUGGACAGAGGGUCCCAGAAGGGCAGAGGAGGUGCUGGGUUGGGUGUGAGACGCUGUUGUGGUGGGGUUGGGAGGAGGUUGAACGGGAGCGAGGCACGGGCAGGUUUGUAGAGCAGAGCAAAAUCCGCAGCUGUAGCUCUGCUUCCCCGCUGGGCUUGUCACGGCACAAAUCCGUGUCCUUGGGAUAUGGGGCAGCCUCUGCCUGUCUGCAGGCUGCUGGAAAACCUCUCCUGAGCGCGUGAUGAGUUUGGGGACCAAAGGGAACAGCUUCAGAUGCCGCGAAAGUCUUGUCUGGAUGUUACGUGCGUUCGUUUAUCGUGUGCCUUGAUGAAAAUAAGACGGAGAGGUUUCCUUCUUUUCCCAGAUUUUUUUUUUUUUUUUUUCUUUCCUGUGUUGACAGAGCGCAGUGUGGAGAGCAUCUGCUUUGGGGAGGGCGGGCUGUGCUGGUUUUUUGUGUGGUGUAGUCUCUCAGAAACACCUGAUGGGCCUGUCUCAGCCGGACGCGGCUUUUCCGUGUGUUCCAAAACUCCUCCGAGGUGCGGGUGCGCAACGCCAGUCCCGGAGCAGCUCUGCAAGAGGGCUUGGCAAUGCACAGCCCCAGGGGGGAGUUUUGUCAGCGGCAGCCUCGGGAGCGUGUUCUUGAGCUGUGUUUAAUGUGUGUUUGUGCAAGUGUGAUGGGUGGUGUGGAAGUGCGUCCCAGGGAACUGGAAGGAGUUGUGAGAUGAGGAGUGCGGCAGGAAGGAAACCUUGGGAUCGUGUGCUUUGGGGGUUCAUCGUUGUUGUUAGGGCCUUUUACUUAUUUAUUAGCCCAGAAAAGAACAUCCUUCACCUUUGGCACUUGCCUCAGAAAGGCAGCUCCUAAAUCAACCCCAGGAUGAGAGAGGACACGGUCGGGCAGGCAGCGCUCCGGAGUUAGGGCGGCGUGGCGUCACCCUUGAACACUUUGUUCUCAGGCUGCAAGAGCGGGGAGAUGUGUCUCAAACAGAUGAUGCAAUUCCUCCCCAACCGCUGCCCCAGGACGUCCCUGUGGCGUAACAGAAGGCCCAGCUCACCCCACAGCCCCAGGGGUUCCGCACUCUGCUCUGGGCCGGGGUCGCUCCAUCCCUGGCUCCCCGCACCUCGCCCCUGGAGCAGCCGGUGCUGGUCGCUGUCGGACGCGGGAUUCCGGGAGAACGCGGACCCUGGGCUGCUCCCACAAACGCUCUCCCAACUUGGAACAGGUCUAGGAGGAGGUUGUUUUAAGUGUAGCCGUUAGUCGUUCCUGGUUAGAAGCGAAGUAACCCACAAAAUGCCCCUCACGCUCCGGUUUUAGGAUAAAGCACCUGGUUUUUAUAAAGCAAGCAGACUUAAUAUGUACCUCUAAAAAAUGUUUUCAUUGGUAGGGAUACCUUUUAAAUUAUUUAUGUUCCAGCAUUUGCAAAGCUCUGAUUAGCUCCGUGCAAGUGUUCUGGUGUCUGUGGUGUUUCCCGUCCCCUCCCCUUCUGAUUUUCGAUUUGUCUUUUACUUUAUUGGUAAUAAAUGAUCUGAAAACCAUCCUGCAAGGGGAAGUCUCUUUCUUUCUCAUUCGAAGCUUCUCAGUGUUUAUCGUGGCAGUUACUUAGAAAUAAAUACAUGAUAUUUCCUGCCAG